CGGGUUGUAGCUGUGUGUAUUCGUUUAGGGGGUCACCAUGCUGUCUGUUCCUGUCUGCCGCUUCCGGGGGGCUCUGCUAGGUGCGCUAAUGGGGGACUGUAUAGGAGCCGUAUUCGAGGGGCUGGACGCCGUGUCUACUACCUUUGUAAAGCGGGUGCUGGAGGGGCUGGAAAAAGAUGACAAGCAGGGAGCUCUGACAUACACAGAUGACACAGCGAUGACCAGAUCAAUGGUGCAGUCUUUUCUGGAAAACAAAGAAUUCAGUGUAAAGGAUCUUGCUGACAGGUUUACCAAGGAGUACUUCAAUGAUCCAGACCGUGGAUAUGGUGCAGGGGUCAUUCACGUGUUUGAGAAGCUUCGCAGUGGAGAAUACAACAAUGUCUUGACUCCAGCCAAGGAGCAGUUUAAUGGGAAGGGUUCCUUUGGAAAUGGAGCAGCAAUGAGAGCCGUGGCCAUACCACUGGCAUUUCCCAAUGUUGCUGACAUUAUAGAGUAUGCUAAAACCAGUGGAAAACUGACACAUGCCUCCUCUUUGGGUUACAAUGGGGCAAUCCUGCAGGCACUGGCAGUGCACUAUGCUCUACAUGGAGAGCAGAGUCGGGAUUCCUUCAUCAGCAGUCUCCUGGUUCACAUGGUUGAAGUAGAAGCUGAUGAGAAAUCUAGAAGUGAUGCAGUGGAAUUGGAGCUGGGUGAAUUUCCAUACUGCAAGAGACUAACGAAGAUUAAAGAAUUUUUGGCUAAAGAAUGUGUGUCACGGGAAGAUGUGGUGGAGCAUCUGGGUCAUGGAAUUGCUGCUUUGGAAUCCGUUCCCACUGCUAUAUACUCUUUCUUGCGCUGCAUGGAUCCAGUGGAAGACCUUCCCUCAGAAUUCAAUAGCUUGCAACGCACUCUUGCUUACUGCUUCUUGCUAGGAGGAGACACCGACACAAUAGCUACCAUGGCUGGAGCCAUUGCAGGUGCUUAUCACGGAGAGUUGCAAGUUCCUCAAGAGUGGAAGCUUAAAUCUGAAGGUUACAAAGAUGCCGAAAAGUGGGCUGAAGAACUGCAUCAGCUGUACACCUCACGCCUUCCAUGCUGAAUUCAUGAAAUGUGUUGCAUUACACUGCAUUAAAUUCUAUUCAAAGCAGGAGGAAGACUGCUCCCUAAAAUUACAAUAAUUCUGGUUUGAUAAAAAAUAAAGUUUUUAACACCUGCUGUGAGUUUUAAAUGAAUAAUGUAUAAAUAUUGAUUUGGUAAUAACUAAUAAGCAAUGACUGAUGCAAGUGCUGAAAGCCUGAUGUGAAAGAUUCACAGCACGGACUAGACCUGGCCAGCCAAGGCAUUUUACCAAACCUUUUUAUUGUAUGACUUGUU